UUCCCGUUCGUGGUUGUAUGUCGGCUCUAUAAUAACACAACUAACCGCUACAUCUUUACACUCAGAUAAAAACACUAAUUGGUGGCCACUUGCACGCGCGAGAGGAUUUCCACACGCUCGCGGUCCGUUUUCUUUUUUUUUAAACAUAAUUGCUGCUUUUAUUCGAGUUCGUCCUUCUGAAUAAACAGAACCGAAAACAACAACAAAAAUAACGCACGAAGAGAUUAUCUACCCAACAUUACCAAACGGCUUUCGGAUUUCUUCCUUCUUCUGUUUUUUGACGGAGAGUAGUUUAAGUUAAUGAAGGGAUUUAAUUGGUGCGUACGCGGCAGGUGUCCCUGAAGGCGCCAUGGACCCACUUGGACACAGUUUGAACCUUUUUUUUUUAAAACAGCAAGAGGAGUCAUUUCCAUCAUAACUGGUAUUUCAAAUUACAUACUUUUGCAUCUUCACCUGCUUUUCUUCGUCUGACGGCAAUUUGUGAAAUUAUCUCCCGUCUAAAACACUCAGAAUAAAAAAGGCCUUCAUGCCAGGAAUUUACGGAAGCGCUUGCAGUGGUGAGUGAGGAUCAGCCUAUAUUCGAGCCUGCAUACACCACAGCCCCCGCCAUGCACAUGAAAACGGAGAUGACGUCGCCAGGGGGCUUCAGCCAGACGUCCAAGCAUAGUCCCGAGCCCGCCGAGCCGGAGUGGGUGGGGUCAGCGACGCAAAACUCUGGGAAAAGAGGCGAACACGUCAAUGGAACCAGCCGUGCGUCCCCUGUGGACUGCAGCGUCACCAAACGCUCCCGACACAUGAGCAACGACGCAGCUCCCAUGUCCUACCAGGCAACGUACCCGGAGCCCCGAGUCAGCCCCCAGACCAACACCCCACCCAGCAGCACCACCACAGAGGAGAAGAGGGUCAUCGUGCCUGCAGACCCUGAGGUGUGGACACAGGACCACGUGCGGCAGUGGUUGGACUGGGCCAUCAAGGAGUACGUUCUGGAGGAGGUGGACGUCAUCCUCUUCCACACGCUGGACGGCAAGGCGCUGUGCAAGAUGACCAAGGACGACAUGAUGCGUCUCACGUCGGCAUACAAUGCAGACAUCCUGCUCUCACACCUCGGUUACCUCCGGCAGAGUAGCCCAACAUUUUCAUACCCAACAACUCCCACUAACAACACACCGCCACCGCCACCCCCACCUCAGCCCAGACUACAGGUGAAAGCAGAGAGCAAUUUCGAUGAGAUCAGCCGCAGGAACAGCUGGCCGGCAACAACCAUGACCGCAGUGCAAAAAGGCCCCUCCAUGGAGCACCAACACAGCACCAGAGUUACAGAGCCGGCUCCAAGAAUUAUGCAAGAUCCAUACCAGACAUUAGGGUCCAUUAGCAGUCGACUAGCCAACCCAGAAGGCCAAGCCCUCAGCUCAUCCAAGAACCGAACAAGCAAACAAAGUCCAUACAAGCUGCCUGACCCCAGCGCUCACAGGCCUGUGGGUUCCGGGCAGAUCCAGCUGUGGCAGUUUCUGCUGGAACUCCUGUCAGACAGCAACAACUCCAGCAUCAUCACCUGGGAGGGCAACAAUGGCGAGUUCAAGAUGACCGACCCGGACGAGGUGGCCAAGCGCUGGGGAGAGCGCAAGAGCAAGCCCAACAUGAACUAUGACAAGCUGAGCCGAGCUCUGCGCUACUACUACGACAAAAACAUCAUGACUAAGGUGCACGGCAAGCGCUACGCCUACAAAUUUGACUUCCAUGGCAUCUCGCAGACACACCAGAAUCACGGAGCAGAGGGGGGGAUUGUUAAGUAUCAGACUGAUAUGUCGUACGUCCAGCCUUACCACAGCCACCAGCCCAAAAUGAACUUCAUGGGCGGUCAUCCUGCACCUAUGCCCGUCUCCCCCGGAAACUUUUUCGCCCCUCCGUCAACUUACUGGAACUCACCUAGCAGCCCCAUUUAUCCCGGGUCAGCCAUGACCAGACACCCGGCCUCUCACUCCCACCUGAGCACAUACUACUGAGGACCACACAUUUCACACAGGAACCACACAAAAGGAGAGAAACUAAAAUGUGGCAGAAAAGCAGAGCACACUUCAUCCAGGACGUACUGAGCUGAACCCAGCUGAACCCCGUCUGAACUGAAGGUGAUAUGACGCUAUGGUCUGUUUUCAGAAGACAUUAUGAUGUGUUUUUUUCUUCCACAUUCUUCAUUAAAAAAAAAUGUAUAUUCGAGAUGAAGGUCUCGAAAAUACUCGUGACACACUGUAUUAACAAUUAUUCAAAUGUUAUGAAACCAAGUGUUUUUUUUUUUCUUGUAAGUAUCUUGUUUAAUAGAACCUGUAAAGUCCAAAGUCAUAACCUUUAGUGUAUACGUAGAAUAACGGUUUUGUAACUAUUCUUUUCACUUUAAGGGUCGAAACUUUAGUUACCACAUUAAUGACCUGACAUUUGUAAAGAGAAAUUGUACAUAAUGACUGUUGUGUAGCAAUAUUACAUUUACUCAUGAUGUAAAUCUAAUAAAUGAUUCUUGUAUCUGAAAA